ACCGUCACCACUCUGUACCGUUGUAUUAUAUGACUGAAACCCAUCAAAUCAGUUUUGACCUCUCGAAAGUACGAACUCGAGGCUGGUUCGAACCUCAUCCCACACGCCCUAACAGUCACGCCGUCUAUGGUAGCUCGUCAAAACCGCGGAAAAAAGCGUUCUGGCCUGUCUUCCCCUCGUCACUUGUUAUUAAAUCUCGAGUUCGAGUCGAUUUAGGCGUCCUGACUCCUUACUAGAGCUGCUUCCAGGGGAGAAAUGGAGGACAAGUGCCCUUUCUGCGGCAGCCGGGAUGGUGCGCGGAACCUUCCCGCUCUGCACGGUCCGGCGCCGAAUCCGUCGCAGAACCCGUCGCAGGGCCAACCCAAUCACCACCAUCACCCGCACCCCACGCCGCAUUUUACGCCGCAUAAUACGGCGCAUCAUGCAUCGCAUCAGCCGCCGGCGCCGGCGCCGUACGAGACGGUGCUGGUGGCGUGCGCGAGCUGCGCGCGGAUCGUCGCGGAGCGGCGGAUCAUUCCGCUGCUGUUCGUUCCGCGCGCCGUCCAGGAAGCUUCCUUCUGCCUCCCCGCUAGGGACGUGCUCGCGCACGCGAAGCUUCGCCCGGACGAGGUACAAGCAGCCGCGAAAAAAAUGGUGGAGAUUAAAGCCGGAGGAGGUGAGGAAGUUAAAGCUGGUGGAACCGAGAGAGACAACGCAGCGCCAGAGACAGCAGCAGCAGCAGCAGCAGCAGCAGCAGCAGCAGCAGCAGGAGCAGAUAUAACUGCAGCAGGAGCAGAUAUGACUGCAGCAGGAGCCGUUUUUAAGGGGGAAACGGGAAAGGGCGUGGUAUCCGUCGUAAAGCCAGGGCCGCUGGUAGGGUUUGAUCUGAAUUUUGAUCUGAAUAUGGAUGCGAUGGACGGUGGAGAUGACGCGACGGGUGGGAGGAUGGACGGUGGAGAUGAAGCGAUGGGCGGGGGUCUAGUCUCGGAAACGCAAGAGGGUGAAGAGGAAGCGGGGGAGGAGGAGGAAGAAGAGGAGGAAGAGGAAGAGGAGGAGGAGGAAGAGGAGGAGGAGGAAGAAGAAGAGGAGGAGGAGGAAGAAGAGGGGGAGGAAGAGGAGGAGGCGGAAGAGGGCACAAGCCCCAACUCUCUUUUGUCAGAGGGUGACGAUCCAUCCGACCAAUUUCUCGAUGUCUUCUCGUCGCUCUCUCUCGAGUCCGGCCCGCCCCUCUUCUCCGCCGCCUCCCUCUCUUUCUCCGGUCAACUGGCGGAGAUGGAGCGCCUGAUUGGCCCGGUGCUCUACACCGGCUGCCCGGGAGGGUCAGGGGGCAGUGCUGUGGGCACAACUGAUUUUUUGCGUGCCUAUUUCCAGAUUCUCGAAGUGAGUGGGCUCCUGGAGAUCAACCAGAGCAUAACCGAUCAUGCGGUUACCCUAUUCCGGGACUACGUGGUCUCAGCAGGGGGAGCCCGCAACCGCAACAUCGAGGCGCUGGCCACAGCAGCGGUGGUGCAGGCGAUGCGGGAGGCGCAGGAGGCGCGCACCCUCCAGGAAGUUUCCCUGGUGGCGGGGAUCGCGGUUAAGGAGCUGGGGAGGAGUCUCAAGGGCGUGAUGGAGGUGCUGAGGCUGCAGCAGCCGGUGAAUAGCAAUUCAGUCUCCUUCCACAUGCCGAGAUUCGCGUCCAUCCUGCAGCUGCGCAAGUCUACCCAGGACCUGGCAACCCACGUGGGUGAGGUCGUAAUCUCCAAGUCCUUCUGCACGCGACGCAACCCCAUCAGCAUCAGUGCGGCGGCCAUCUACCUGGCGUGUCAGCUGGAGGACAAGAGGCGGACGCAGACAGAGAUCUGCAAGGCCACAGGGCUCACCGAGGUGACUCUAAGGAAGGUGUACAAGGAGCUGCUGGAGAAUAUCGAUGAUCUGCUGCCUGAGGGCUACGAGCCCACCAUCCCUGCUGACAGGGUCGCCAGCAUGCCUCUAUCCGGCCAUGGGGCAGGCGGGGGGGGAGGGGGAGGGGGAGGAGGAGGGGCUGGGGGAAAGGGGGGAGGAGCGGGAGGGGGAGGGGGAGGGGGAGGGGGAGGAGGGGGAGGCCGAGGGGGGGGCAAGGGAGGGGGCGGAGGAGGAGGAGGAGGGGGAGGGGGAACAGAAGCGAAUAUUGCUGCGGCAGCAGCAGCAGGAGCAGCAGCAGCAGCAGGAGGAGCAGCAGCAGGAGCAGCAGCAGGGGGAGCAGCGGCACCUGUAGGAACAGAAGCGAAUAUUGCUGCAGCAGCAGCUGGAGCAGGAGCAACAAGAGCGGCAGCAGCAGGAGAAGCAGCAGCAGGAGCAGCAGCAGCAGCAGCAGCAGCAGGGGCAGGCAGGGGGAAGCUCACAGCACCGGGAUUUGGGGCCCCUCCAGUGCCGUUCGCACCACACUCGCCCUAUUUGCCUCUCCACACUUCCUCAUCUGCCACGACAACGGCCUUUUCUGAAGCAGCAGCAGCAGCAGCAGCAGCAGCCACCGCUGCUGCCACAGCUGCUGCAGCUGCCAUUCCCAUUCCCAGCGCCUUUGAGUCCCGGCUCCCGACUCAAAAGCAGUCUCCAUACGCUCCGUUUGGCUUCCCCGCUGCUCCUGUGUCUGCUGCCACCGCUGCUGCCGCCGCCGCUGCCACUGCCACCACUGCCAUUCCCGGCGCUUUUGAGUCGACUCAAAAGCAGUCUCCCUACCCACCCUUUGGCUUCCCCGCUGCUCCUGCGUCUGCUGUCCCAGCUGCCACCGCCACCGCUGCCUUUCCCAGUACUUCUGAUUCUGGUGGUGCCACUGGUGCCACUGGUGCUGGUGGUGCUGCUGGUUCGACUACCCCAGCAGCCUCGCAUGUCAGUGCUUCUGUGUCCGGCCUUGGUAGGUCCAGCAGCCAGCACUCGUUCCGUUCUCCAACCACUGGUGCCCUUGGUGCCCCUUUUGACGCGCCUCAAAGUCAUCACUCCUUCCCUUCUCCUGCGCCUGGUGCUCCAGGGGCGUUUCCCUUGGAGUCGAGCCAAAGGGCCCAAGAUACAGGGGAUCCAUGGCAGCAGCAGAUGGGCCGGCAGGAUCUGCUACAGCAGCACCAGCAGCACCAGCAGCACCACCCGCAACAAUAUCAGCAGCAGCAGUAUCAUCAUCAUCAUCAGCAGCAGCAGCAGCAGCAGCAGCAGCAACAGCAGCAUCAGCAGUUUCAGCACCCUCAGCAGCAGCAGUAUCCACACCAGCAGCAGCAGCAGCAGCAGCAGCAGCAGCAGCAGCAAGGCACACAGAAUGCUCCUCUCUUCCUCCCCACUCACCCAUCCACACACAUUCGCCCACCACUCUCCUCCUCCUCCCCUCGCCCCCCCCUCUCUCUCCCCUUCCCCUCCUCCCUCUCCUCCCCUCGGCCCCCCCAUUUCCUCUCCUUUCCCUCGUCUCACCCCUCCUCCCUCUCCUCCCCUCGCCCUCCUCUCUCGCUCCCACUUCCCUCCUCUCUCUCCUCCGCUCUACCCCACUCAACCCCCCCACUCCCUCCAGGCUCCUCCCCUUGGAAACGCCCUCCCCUGGUUCUACCUGCAUCAAACCCCUCCCUCUCCUCCUCCACCCCGUACCCCCCUGCACCGUUCUCUACCACAUCCUCUUCCUCCUCCCCUUCCCCCAUGGCCCUGCACCUGCCUUCCCUAGCCUCAAUGGCAGGUUCGGCACCAGCCACAGCAGCUGGUUUGGGGGCUGGUUCGGGAGGGAUAGGCACGGGAGUUGCUGGUGCUGGUGCUGGUGUCAAUUCUGGUGGCGCCGCUGCUGCUGGUGCUGCUGCAAGCAACAGCUCAGCCUUGCUUAUGGAAUCUUCCCAGAAGCCCACUGCCACUCCUCUUCUCUCCUUCACUCUCCCCCCCAGCUUUCACCACCACUUCUCUUCUUCCUCCCGGCCCCCUUCCAACGCUCCUACCCAGGGGCUUGCUCCCCCGUUCCCUGCCCCGGCUCUCUCCCUGCCCUUUCCGCCUCCCUCGGCUUCCCAACCGUCUCCCCUGCACGCUUCUCCCUUUGCUGCUGGCCCCUUCACGGCUGCUUCUGCUGCUACAGCCUCAGCUGCUGCUGCUGCUGCUACAACCGCCGGUGCUACAGCCGCUGGUGCAGCUGCUACAGGUGGGCUGGGAGGGUUUCAGCUGCUACAGCUGCCGAGUAAGGUAGCAGACCCCUUCCCUCGUGCCUCGUCCGACCCGAGCCUUAAACCUGCUGCUGCCGCCGCUGCCGCCGCUGCUGCUGCUGGUGCUGGGGCGUUUGGAGGGAUGGGAGGAGGAGCAGGAGGAAUGGGAGGAGGGAUGGGAGGAGGAGCAGGAGGGAUGGGAGGAGGGAUGGGAGGAGGAGCAGGAGGAAUGGGAGGAGGGAUGGGAGGAGGCAUGGGAGGAGGGAUGGGAGGAGGCAUGGGAGGAGGGAUGGGAGGAGGAGCAGGAGGGGUUUCAGGAGCAGCUGCUAGUGGAUACGACAUUGGGAACAGUAGUGGUGGGGGUGGUGCGCGUGGUGGGGGUGGUGGGACGUUGAAUGGUGGAGGGGCGAACCAGGAGGCAGGGACAUUGGCAGGGAGAGGACGAGCAGGGGUAGGAGUAGGGGCAGGAGGCAGAAUGGGAGGAAAGGGUGGGAGAGCGGGUGAGAGGGUGGUAGAGAGAGUGGUAGAGAGAGGUGGGCCAGGAGGGACAGGAGGAGCAAUACCAGGGUCAGCAGCAGCACUGUCAGCAGCAGCAGCAGCGAUGGCAGCACAACCAGGAGGCCAUAAUCAGCAUAGUCAGCAAGGCUCGUUUGUACCACCAUCGUUUUUAGGAGGUGGGAGCAAGGGGGAACCGGCAGGGGCUGAGGAUGCGAGUAGCCCUUUCCGCUUUGGGGCAAUGUUCCAAAUUCCCCAAUCAGGCCCACAGCCCGUCUCAAGCCCGUAUCAGCAUCAGCAGCAGCAGCAGCAGCAGCAGAGCCAGAGAGGCAUUCAUCUAUCAAGUGCCAGCAGUGCUGGUUUUGCUGGCGGUGUUGCCUCUGCUGCUAGUGGUGGUGCGUUUCCUGCCGCAUCCCAAGGUACAACUGCAGCUGCUACAGCUGCUGCUGCUGCUGGCGUUGCAGCUCCUGCUACAGCUUCUGGCUCGUCUCUUCCUGCCUGGAUGACCCAUGUGCAGCCGCAAGUGCACCAGCAGCACCAGCAGCACCAGCAGCAGCAGCAGCAGCAGCAACACCCUCAGCAACAUCCUCCUCCGUUCUUUGCCCCUUUUCCCUUCGUCCCCCCAAAUCAUGCACAUAUGCCGCAGUUACCGCCAGGGUUACGACCUGAGCGCGUGGCAAACUUGGCCACACCUCAAGGAUUUCCGCAGUUUCUCUCUGAGGCCAAACCCGGCUUGUUUCUGCAGCCGUUACAGCAGCCACCAAACCCCUCACAGAAGUGACAAGCUGUUGUCCAUGGUAGUUCUCUGCUCGUUUAUUUGGCAUAGAGCUGAAACAGCAUGCAAACAAUGCUGUUGAAUGUGUCCUGGCACGCAUAUUAUGGUGUAGUAAAUUCUAUUGCGUGAC